GGGCCGGGGUUUCCGGGCGGCGCGGGGCAUUGUGGGACCCGGGAAGAUGGCCACCUCACUGGGGGCGAACACCUACAACAGACAGAACUGGGAGGACGCGGACUUCCCGAUCCUGUGCCAGACAUGUCUGGGAGAAAACCCCUACAUCCGCAUGACAAAGGAGAAAUAUGGAAAGGAAUGCAAGAUCUGCUCGAGGCCCUUCACUGUAUUCCGCUGGUGCCCAGGGGCUCGGAUGCGCUUUAAGAAAACGGAGGUUUGUCAGACCUGCAGCAAACUGAAGAACGUGUGUCAGACCUGCCUCCUGGACCUGGAAUAUGGGUUGCCGAUCCAGGUGCGAGACGCUGGGAUGUCACUGAAGGACGAUAUGCCUAAGUCUGACGUGAACAAGGAAUAUUACACCCAGAACAUGGAGCGCGAGGUAACCCUCAACAAUCUGCCCUUUCCCACCUAUAGAGUGGAGGGUUAUUGAUUCCACCUGUACUGUGUGUG